UUCAUAAGGAAUAGUGAUGUAAAAUACAGAAGCAGGUGUACUCAGGAAAGACAAAACCUUUCAGUAGAGGAGAUGAGUGUGAUGCUUAUCAAUCAACCAUUAGUGCUCUUAUUUUUGGUAUUAAUUAUGUCUGGUAAUCUUUAAAACAUGUAAUAAAGACACUGUGGAAAAACAUGAAGAUUAAAUUGUCAUGUUGUAAAUUUUAGCUAUAUAUAAUAACACAGGAGAAAUAUGUGGGUUUGUCUUGUUAGCAAGCAUAAACACAGCAAUAAAAUAAUGAAAUCUGUUAUAUAUUAACACACAAAAUAAAUCAAUUCUCAUGUGCUAUGGCUUGAAAGCCAAUAAAACAAUAUUAUGUCAGGAAAAAACGUACAGGUAGACAGAGGUGUUGCUGUCUUUAAUUGGUAUCAAUAACCUAUAACAACUUGACAGCUCUUUAGCCUCUUUAGCAUUUGGGAUCGAAAUAGAGUUACAUUUUGUUUGCUUUGUUUAAUCAUCAGAAAGAAUGAGUUCUCUAAUGAGUACAUCUAAUGCCCAGCAAUAUUCAUAUGAAAGAAACUGAACAAGAAACAGAUCAUGAACUGUAAGCCAGCACCAUCGCAGCAGUCAAAUGACACCGUCCGCCUAUAAAAUGCAGCUGGAUAGGUUAUGGUUGGCCGUAAAUCCAGAAAUAAACAUUUAAUAUAGACAGGUCGUCUUUCCUCAUCAGUACUGCGUGCAUCACAUGGUUUGCAAAUGACUGGAUGUAAAAAGCUUUCUUCAGCUUUGACACAAAGCACUGGAUUUACAUGACUGAUAAUAAAGCUCGAAGCUGAUUGGCUCGGUGCUGUGCAACGUGAAGGUGUCCUUCGCUGUGAUUGGCUGGGGCACUUGUCAAUCACUCGAAGUCGUACGCCUCAUCCCGCGGUGUGACGUCGUCCAGGAAGAUGGCGCUUUGGAGGAGAGGUGUCUCAUGAUAGUCUAUUGAUUAAUGUCCCUCAGCUGUGUUCAUCGAAAGAGCAUUAACGCAGACACACCGAAUAUGAUCGGUCGGGAAAGGUGAUCGCUCCUCUGGUCUCCAUGGGCGACGGGACACCGCAUCUCGUAGCGGUGUUUGCUGUCGUCAGCUAAAACACUUAGCAUUGACGUGCUAGCCGAAGCUAGUUAGCUGGCUAACAGGGAGUCGCUGACGUUAAACAGACAGAAAAUAUGCGUGUUCGCGAAGCCUACGCUGGGGUUAAACGAUUAAAACACUUAAUUUAGUAUCGAACCGGUCAUUUGCUGUUUAGGACGACGAUUCCAAUUAGCUGGCGUUUAGUUAGCCGAGCUAGGAGGAUGAAGAGCCGCCAUGGAAAUGUUUGGUUGCUGGCCACUGGGGUUCUUCUGUCGGCGUUGUGUCUGUCUGAAGGUGCUCCUCUGCUGUAUCCUCGCACAUCAGGUGGAGGUACAGGGGACACGCUGUCCGUGUCUCUCUACCUGUCCCUGGUGGUGUCGCUGACGGCGCUUGUGGCCUUGGUGGUGUUGCUAGUGAACUGCGUGACCUGCUGCAAGGAAAGGGAGAUCAACUUCAAGGAGUUUGAGGACCACUUUGAUGAUGAGAUUGACUUCACUCCACCGGCAGAGGACACGCCCUCUAUGCAGUCCCCAGCUGAGGUGUACACCCUCGCUGUGUCUCCUGUGGCCCUGCCUGGACCCCCACACCUCCAACCUCCCUCCCUCAUCGCAGAGGGAUCCACAGGUUUCCAGGUAGCACGCCACAGCUUGAGUUACAUCCAAGAGAUUGGAAAUGGCUGGUUUGGCCAGGUCCUUCUGAGUGAGAUCUACACAGAUCCAGGUGGAGCCAGAGUGGUGGUGAAGGAGUUAAAAGCUAAUGCAAGUGCCAAGGAGCAGAAUGACUUCUUGCAGCAAGGGGAUCCAUACAGAGUGCUGCAGCACCCAAACAUCCUCCAAUGCCUGGGACAGUGCGUUGAGGCCAUUCCCUUCUUGCUUGUCUUUGAGUACUGUGAAAUGGGGGAUUUGCGGGGCUAUCUGUCUCAGCAGGAUUGGAUGUUCAGAAACGCUGAGUUGCUGCAGCUGCAGAGGAUGGCCUGUGAAAUUGCUGCUGGUGUCACUCACCUUCACAAACACAACUUCCUGCACAGUGAUUUAGCUCUGAGGAACUGCUACCUGACUGCAGAUCUUACAGUCAAAGUAGGAGACUAUGGAAUUGGACCCUACAGAUACAAAGAGGAUUACAUCAUCACAGAGGAUGAUGUGUUCGCACCUCUGCGCUGGUUGGCUCCUGAACUGGUGGGUGAGCGCCAUGGGGGUGUGAUUACUAUGGAGCAGACUAAGCCCAGCAAUGUGUGGGCCUUGGGGGUCACAUUGUGGGAGCUCUUUGAGAAUUCUGCACAGCCGUACCCACAUCUGUCUGACCGGGAGGUCCUCAAUCAUGUGAUCAAGGAUCAGCAAGUCAAACUCUUUAAACCACAACUAGAGCUUCCUUAUUCUGACAGAUGGUACGAGGUUCUGCAGUUCUGCUGGCUGUCUCCAGACAAGCGGGCUACAGCAGAGGAAGUGCACCGUUUGCUUAUCUACCUGCGCAUGCAAGGCCAGAAGGACAUAGAAGAAGAUUUUGAGCAACGGUGGGAUGCUCUCAAGCCUAACCCUUCCGCACGGCAGACCACUGUUAGCCACUCCUCUUUCCCAAUCUUGGAACAAUUUGCUGAUGAUGCCCUGCGACAAGAGAUCGAUGAAGUUCUUACUGUUACCGAAACGAGCAAAGGUCUCAGCUUUGAGUAUGUUUGGGAGGCAGCCAAGCACGACCACUAUGAUGGCAACCAUGGACGUUCAAGCAUGGACACAACUUUGAAUUAUCACAGCAUGUUUUUUCCUGUUUCCAGUGAAGACAUCCAGGCUCAUUUCCCUGAUCCUGUAGGCAGAGUACCGGGCAAAGAAAGCGGUAACACUCCAUCAGGAAUUCCUGGGAUUGUACCAGUGUUUGAUGCACAAAAGCCAUGUAAUGGAAACGAAUAUUACAUACAAUUGGAAGAACAAGGGGAGAGCACUAUUGGGGAUGAUGGGGACGAUGGGGACAGAGGGCAAGACAUGGACUUCAGUUCAGGCCGGCAAGACUUUGUCAUUCUCCAAGAUGUCCGUCUGGAUGAGUCUAGUACCGAUGCUGAUUUUUUCCACCAAAGUAUUGACUCCAAGGAUUCCUAUUUACCAGACAGCCACAUCUGGUCUUCUCUUGAAAAUGACAGUCCAUACCACACCAACAUUUUCACUGAAGGGGGGUCCAAGCAAGAGGACUCUCCUUCCUGGAGAAAGAGUUUCAUGGAGCUUCCAGAGCGCAAUGGGAACCCUUUCCAUGAAGGUGCCCCUUUAGAAGUCGAGGAGGUGGAUACAGAUAAAAGCUAUGGGGAUUCUUUUUUAGGGGAUUGUUCAGAAGCUCCUCACCUAGUGGAUUUUGUGGAAGUGGAGGGGGAGAACACAGAUGUGAAGAGGCUUCUGAACACCGAAAAACUAGCUGACAACUUCAUGUUUCUCAAAGACCAGAGCCUGAUGAAAGACGGAUCUAGAUUCUCAAGUCCGCAGGAUAAUUUUCUUUUACCUGGUGUAGCCCACGAACCAGAAGACACAUUCAAAAUGCGUUCUUGGGACAACCUUGAGACUUUAGGCAGCUUAACCACAACAGACACUUAUUAUUUAAAACCUGCAGCAAGUAGCACAUCCUCAAGACAGGAACUUUUAGACUCUCCAAGUGCCAGUUUCGGGGAGUUCAGUCAGUCUCUGAUAGAAAAUGAAACACUGGUGCCUUCCAUUACAGUGGUCACAGAAGAUGACACAAGCAACCAGCUGCCAGUUAGAAACAGUUCUUCCACCGAAGACCUUGGUCUGCUGCAAUCCUCAGACAGAGGUAUGGACUCUGGUUUUGAUUCUACCUCAGAGAGGUUUGAGAUUAUCAUUAGUCAAAUUGAUGACCACUCCCCUGAAUUCUCUGAAAGUGCCACUACAGACUUAUUGUGCACAGAUGCCAAAAUUCCCAGCCUUGAAGACGACCUUGGAACCUCAAAGGAUAAUUUUCAGCCCACAGAAGGUAAAAUUCCUGAAAACCUGCAAGUCCAAGAAUUGCCCUCAGACGAUGGAAACAAUGAAGACCUAACAAGUAACGAUCUGUUGAGCGAACUAAUUGAGGAUGCAGAUGUAGAACUGGAAACCACUCUGUCUGACCAUGAAGAAUCCUUCAUGGAUACCAGUGGGGGUCCUCAUGACAGAUCUUCUCUGUUGGUCUCUGGGCCAUCUUUGGACCAGAUCAGCCAGGACAGUUUACUGGAAGACAGUAUGUCCACCACUCUACCAACUGUAGAUAAUUCAGCUGAGACGCCAGACUCUUUAGACUCUCUGGACAUCCACAGGCUAGGUGAACAAGGAGAAGAACUAAGUGCUCAAAUACCCCAACACAAACUCCAGCCUCCGUACAAAAUAUCAGACAGUGGAUAUGAGACAGAGAACCUGGAGUCUCCUGAGUGGAACUCUCAGCCUAAUGUCAAAGACCACUCCCCUGUCAAAAACGGCUUGAGUGUUGCCAAAGAAGAGGAGGAGACAGAAGAGCCCACAGCUGCGACCAAUCUGGUUCCACCAGAAAUCAUCAUCUCUGAAGUAGAGGGUGUGCUGGACGCACACAACGAGGAUCCCAGUGAGGUCCAGCAACCAGAUCAAGUGGCCCCCGCCGAAGAGCCAAUCAUGGGCAGCAAUUACAGAGACUCUGCCUACUUCUCAGACAAUGAAUCAGAACCUGAGAAGAAGGCUGAAGAAACAGUAGCGGUAGGUUCUAGUGAAGUGACGUGGCUGAUGAACUCUACCGACGUGGUCAGCGGGGCUGCUGGAGUUCCAGCACUGGAGGCUAAUGUGGAAAGAGAUGUAGAUUCUUUAUUUUCUCAGCGAGAGUCUUCUGUAGCUUCUGAAGCACCUGCAGAUGGAGAAACAUCUGAUCCUUGUGUUGGGAGCAUAUUAGCCAAGGCAGAUUUCACAGAGAAAUGUGAGAAGGAGGUGGCGGAGUCAACAAUCGAUCACAAAGAAGAUGGAAACAAACCAGAGGUGUUAAAGGACGUAACGUCUCCUGAUCAGCCAGACCCAUCAGAAGAUCUGGAAACGUCAACCCCACUUCCUUCUGCUACCCCAUCAGAGCCAUCGCCAGAGAGCACAGGUCAUGCUAAACUAACCAGGACCUACGCGAGUGACGGUCAUAAAAUAAAAGAGCCGGACAUGGAGGGCCGUUACCUCGGGAGGCGGGAUGGCUCGGGUUUAGAUGGACAGGAGGAUGGCAUAGAUGCGGACGAGGAGGACGAGAACAGCGAUGAUUCCGACGAUGACAUCCGUGCGUACCAGCUACACAGCUCCAGCUCAGAGAGUGAGGAUGACGUCGUGCAUACGGUGCCACUCAUUGUCUCAGACGACAGCAGUGCAAAGAACCUGAAGAGCUUGUUGAAACCCACCACGCUGAAUAUCGAGGCGUCAUCUUCCCCGUUUUCCGCCAGGAGCAAUGCAGAUAACUCCAGGAGAGCUGUGUCUUUCUUCGACGAUGUCACAGUCUACCUGUUCGACCAGGAGACUCCCACUAAGGAACUGGGUGACCAUUCUUCAGGCUCAAACAGUCAGGUACCAGAGUUCAGCAGCCCGAUGCCCACUGCAAGCUACCUGAACCGGUUUACCAACUCAGAAAGCUCCACAGAUGAAGAAGGUGGUGGUUUUGAGUGGGAUGAUGACUUCUCCUCCCCCACACCGGCCUUCCUGCCCAAGACGGAUAAAAAUCCCGUAUCAAAGGUUAUGUCCUCAUCUGCAGCAUCUCGCUUCUCCUCCCCGCCCCCGGCAGUAGGACGCGUGCUGGAGCCCAGCUGGACCAGCUCGUCAAACUACUCCCGUUUCUCCAUCUCACCGGCCAGCAUUGCCAGCUUCUCCCUCACACAUCUCACAGACUCUGACAUAGAACAAGGAGGAAGCAGCGAAGAUGGAGAAAAGGACUAGUGUGAUGAAUGGAGGGACCAUGUAUCAUCGCGCUAUUGAAAAAUGAACCUAUACUCGCACUUUUUGGGAAUGGAGGAACUGCUGAAUUAAGGACAGAUGACACGGUUUGUGGGGCAAACCGUGGAUGCUUCUCUCAGGCAGAACAGUUCUUUACCUACAUGGAGAUGGCCAUGAGAACAACGGCUGCAAACUUUCAGCAAAUAAGACAGACGAGGCCCAGUCCCGGUCUGAGCCACAUCACCUCUCCAGCUUACAUCAGUGUGUGUGAUUUCAGUUCAGUGCAAUUCCUCUUGGAUGAAAAAACUAAACUAAACAAAAAAAA